AUGCGUUCCAACCUUCUCUUGCUCGCCGCUCUGGCGGGCUCUACUCUCGCCCUCCCCACUGCUAGCACUACCGAGCUGGACGCCCGCACCUUUGGCCUCAUUGGCGGUCUCAUUGACACCAUCAACGACAUUCUUCACGGCACAAGUCCCGUUAACAUCCUCGGCGGCAUCAGCGCUGAGGCUGCUGUUGCCCUGAACGGUGGUGCUAUUGGUUGCAAGGCUGGUUCUAUCGACGUUGAGUACCGCAAGCAGCUCGGCAUUUGGCUCAAGACUGGCGCUGGCGUCCACAUCGACGCCGAUCUGAAGAAGUCCCUGUUGGCCUGGUGCGAGGCUGACGUUUCCGUCGACAUUGAGAUUGACCUUGAAAUCCGUGCUCAGCUCUCCUUCUUCCUCCCCACUCUAGCUCACAUCGCUGCGCAGAAGGAGCUCUACGUGACCUUGGACGGUGUGUUCGACUUUGCUAAGGACAUUGCUGGUGUCCUUACCAUUGGCGCUCAGGCUUCCCUUGAGGCUGCCAUUGGCCUCCUUGGUGAGCUCGACUGGAAGAUCAAGGCUGGUCUUGAAUUCUGUGCUGCUGGCGGUAUCCUUGCGGACCUCGACGUUGAAAUCAUCGCCGCCCUGAAGUUGUGGCUCGAGAGCAAGGAGUGCAAGCUCACUGUUGAGCUCAAGAAGACUCUUAAACUCUGGCUCGAGGGUAGAAUCGAAGGCGAUGUUAUUGAGCUCCCCAAGCUUCCGGUUGGUGGUCUCUCCACCAUCUCUCUUGGAAAGUCCCUCGAGGUUCUCAUUGAGGCCUCUGGUGCCCUCGUUGUGAGCGCUCAGGCUUCCCUAGGUGCUUUCCUCCAGACCGACAUCGGUCUGGAGAUUGACCUUGAGAUCAGGAAGCUCCUUGAAUUCUGCGGAAAGGGUGGUCUCGCUAUUGACAUCGAGUACGAGAAGCGUGUUGAGCUUUCUCUCUGGCUCGCUAGCUCCAAGUGCAAGCUUACUGCUGAACUCAAGGCUCUCAUUGCUUUCUGGCUUUCCUUCGGUGUAUCUGCUGGCGCUGAAGUCUCCAUUGACUUCUCCAAGAACAUCCUUGCUGAGCUUACUGGAUUCAUCACUGGCACCAUUGACGCCCUCCUUGGCGGUCACCUUCACGGUCUGCUCUCCUUCCUGCUCUCUGGUGAAGGUGUCCUCUCUAUCUCCAUUGAAGCCCGUGCCCAGCUCGCUGCCCUCAUUAGUGGUGGAUUCGGCUUCUCGAUCGACAAGCACAUCGAGAUCAUCAUCAUCGGUUGGCUCGGUGGCUGCCACGAGUGCUGCGGUGGAAAGCCCCCCGUCUCCUCCACCACUCCCACUCUCCCUAGCACCACCCCCACUGCUUCUCCUUCCACCACUCCUUCCACCACCAAGACCACCACCACCAAGACCGAUGUUGAGCCGACUGGCACUCCCACCACUACCCCUGGCGAGCCCGAGGAGACCCCCUGCGAAACCGACACUGAUGUCGAGCCCACUGGUGAACCCACCACUACCAAGCCCACCGAGCCCACCGAGACUCCUUGCGAGACCCUGACCACCGAGACCACGAUCUCUCACACUGAGAGCCACCCUACUGAGCCCACAGGCGAGCCCAGCACCACCAAGCCUGGCGUUCCCACUGACAGCCACCCUACUGAGCCCACAGGCGAGCCCAGCACCACCAAGCCUGGCGUUCCCACUGACGUCGAGCCCACUGGCGAGCCUUCCGAGACUCCCUGUGAGACUCUGACCACCGCUACCACGAUCAGCCACACAGAGACCAAGCCUCCUGUUCCUACCGACGUUGAGCCCACCGAGUCCGCUUCUCAGCCCCCCUCCACGAUCACCGAGCCCCCGGUCCCCACUGCCACCUCCACCGGCGGCAAGAAGACGAUCACCAUCACCAAGACUGUGGGUGUUGAGUACUGCCCUCCCAACUACUAG